AUGAAGCAAAUCCAGAAAUUGGGAACACGCAUUUGUGGAAACCCGGAGAAAGAAUUACACACCAACCCCACAUAUAUGGAGUUCCAUGAAGGUACAUCUACAGACACUUGAGGAAUAAAUGAACAGUUCUUCCAAAGUAGAAAUUGAGACCCAGAAAGAUUAGGAUGUAAGAACUUAAGAAGAGCCUGUUGGAUCAGGCUGAUGGCCUUAUAUAGUCCAGCAUCUUGUUCUCAUAGUGGCUGAACAGACAGUUGCCUGUGGGAAACCUGCAAGCAGAACCCAAGUACAAGAGCACUCCCCCCCCCCCCCAUGGUUUCCAGCAUCUGGUAUUCAACAGCACUGCUGCCUCCAACUGUGGAAGAAGAACAUAACCAUCAUAACUAGCAGCCACUGGUAGCCAUAUCUUCCCCGAAUUUGUCUAAUCCUCUUUUAAAGCCCUCCAAGUUGGGGAUGAACUAUGAAGUAGCCAAGUUUGCUUAUGAUACCAAAUGGUUCAAAGCAUUUAAAACAAAAAGUGAUUGCAAGGAACUCCAAAAGGAACUCUUAAAUUGGUAAAUGGGCAAUAAAAUGGUGCAUUCAAUUCAAAGUAUGUAAGUGUAAAGUGAUGCACACUGGGGCAAAAACACCCUCAAUUCCCAUAUAUACUAAUGGGACUGAACUGGUGGUGACUGGUGGUUCCACUGGUGCUGGAACAACCCCCCUCAGCGGGUUGUGGACUCUACUUGGAGGUUUUUAAGCAGAAGUUGGAUGACCAUUUGCCAUGUAUGAUUUAGUUGAAAUUUCUGCAUUGCAGGGGGUUGAACUGGAUGAUUCUUGAGAUCCCUUCCAACUCUAGGAUUCUAUAAUUCUAUAACCUGAAAUGUGACCUUGGGGUCAUAAUGUCUGAUGUAUCAUAUGUUCUUUAUAUUUUGUUGGAGGCCAUUAUUUUUAUUAUUAUUAUUAAUUGAAGAUGUUGAACCAUUGUGAGGCAGCUAUGGAAAACUGUAAAUUUUAUGUUGGAGAUCAUUAGAAAAGGGGCUGAAAAGAAAUUCCCCACUUCCCUCAGUCCCUUAAAAAAGGUGAUCUGGAGGCAGUAGGUCUGAGGGCACUGUACAUGCAUAUCAUGGACUAGUUAGAUGCAGAGGAAUCUUGGGAGGAACCAGCUGGGGAACCUUGAAGGAAAGAAGUCUCAGAGCCUGAGGGUUGGUGAUGGGACAAUGAUGCGUGGUCAGAGGGAGUAGAGAGAAAAGACUAGGAGGAGGAGGAGGUGCUGAAGAGGUAAGAGGAUUUAGUGAGCUGGCAGAGUCUGGAGCAGAGAAAAAGACCAGAAUCAGAGGCAGAAGCUGAAGGAGGAGCAUGGGACAAAGGAGGCCAAGAGGCAGAAAUGAAUCAGACUGGUGCAGAGUUGCAGGUGUCUCCCCCUCUUGCUGCAACAAGCUUCCCUCCCAGAACCAGAAGAGACAUGAAAAGGGCAGAUGAAAGGAUGGCUUCACCCAGGUGAAAUCUCCAACUGCUUGGAAAAAGCUCUGGAGAGGAGGGGUCUUAGACAGUUGUGGGGAGGCAGAGAUUGUCAGUCUCAGUAACUGCUUCAUGGGGGUCAGACCUACUGGGAAUGAGCUGCUGUGCUCAUUAGGCCUGCAACUCCAGCAAGUUUGUGCAGAUCGUGUCUUUGCUAAUGAAGAAUUAACUGCAACUCAUUCGACUGCAGUGAAGGAAGGUGAUCCAUGCGCUUUACUUGACCCCCCCUCUCGACAUCGCCAAUGGCCGCUGCUUCUCUUCCUCAGCUCCACCAGGUGAGGAGCUAAGUACCACAAACAUCUUUUCCCACCGAUCAGGGACUGUUACCGCAGCCAUUGGCAAAGGCGACCCGAACAAGCCCCUGGGCAAGAUGUCCUCGUACACUUAUUUCAUGCAAACGUGCCACAAGGAACAUAAGAAGAAGCACCUGGACACUUCGGUCAACUUUUCCAACUUCUCCAAGAAAUGUUCUGAGAAAUGGAGGACAAUGUCAGCAAAAGAAAAAGGCAAGUUUGAAAACAUGGCAAAGGGUGAUAAAGUUCAUUAUGAUAGGGAGAUGAAAAGUUAUAUUCCUCCUAAAGGGGAGAAGAAGAAGAAGGAGGAGGAGGAGGAGGAGGAGGAGGAGGAGGAGGACCCCAAUGCCCCCAAAAGACCACCAUCUGCUUUCUUCCUGUUUUGUUCUGAGCAUCACCCAAAGAUAAAAAGCGACCACCCAGGUUUGUCUAUUGGUGAUACAGCAAAGAAACUAGGCGAAAUGUAG